ACUACGGAAGUUUAAACUCGUCUUCCUGGGCGAGCAAAGCGUGGGAAAGACCUCGCUCAUCACCAGGUUUAUGUAUGACAGCUUUGACAACACCUACCAGGUAAAAACAAACAGUGGAAGGGUGCAAUGAAAGAGUAUGAUUUUGAAACAUAUUUUCCCCAUUGGAAAUAAUGAAUAGAAUAAAAAAUCAGUUCCAGAUGAAGCGCGAUAUAGUGGGGUUCACUGUACUCUGAACACACAUUGUCUCACACAAGUUUAAAAUGUAGUUAACCGCUGUUAAUGUUAAAACCAUAAAACCUGGACUUGGUAUUAGUAUGGUGACGCUGGAGUCUCUUAACUUUCUUUGCCUAGUCUUCUAAUCUCAUGUUGUUGUUGUUUUAACACCCCGUCUUGAGGCUGGCUGUGCUUUUGGAGUAUUUUUUGCAGAAAAGGCUAAAGAAAAUGCAUGACACAAAUUUGAGCUGGGUGAUAUUGCAUCAAAAUUUAAUCGUGAUUUCGAUAUAGGCUUCUCAUGGUCAUAAAAGCAUUAUAUUCGAAGAAAAACGAGUAAUGUGCCACGGCGCGUGCUGUGUUUUCAAGUUCAUUAUUGUAGAAUCAACCUCAACGCACCCUACGUUGCUUGCCGCAAGCGUGUGAUGUAUGUUAUUCUGCUAUCCCUGAGCGUGCUUUAAGCUGUUAAAUGGCACACCAAUUAAGAGUUUUCUGUAAAACUAAACACACAACAGAAAGAACUGCACACAUUGUAUCUGUAAAAACCAGACAGUUGGUUUUACGAUUGCCAGCUUAUGCUAACACCCAAUAGAAACCCCUAUUGACGGGCUAGGUUGCUAAAAUUAAAUUAGCAGGAAAAUUUGUAUUUGUUCAAGGGAGGGAGUCACCUUCAAAUAACAAAAUAUUCACACACAAACGCUGUAAUAACACAUACAGACCUAGACAUACUUGGCAAAUAAAGAUGAUUCUGAUUCUGAUAAUAUAACAAUACUCACAGGCAUAUAUUAUUCUUAAUCUGUGCAAAACGAGUUAAAUUUAUAAAGUUAUAGUGUGACUUUCUUCUUCUAUUUUCGUAAUCGUAAUUACCCUAAACACUGUUUGUUUCAGCGAAAUGUGUGUGUAGCUCCAUGUAUGUGUAAAACCACACUGCCCCUAAGAGGCCAAGGCACACACGGCAAAAACAGCAGAUAGUCUUAGCUCCCCACAUUGUCACCCCAAGGCAUGACUGUAUAAAAAGACACAUAGGUAUUUUUUCUGUUUAGGGUAAUUACGAUUACGAAAAUUAUUAUAUAUAUAUAUAUAUGCGCCAAUGUUUUUAGCCAUGACUUUGUUUGUUUUUCUGUUAUUUUAAAAUAUAAUUUUACUUGUUACUGAUUUAAGUUGUAUUCAAAGUUGAGUUUUGAUAGUUGAAUAAAUACUAGUUUUGAAAUCAGUGAAUAAUUGUGUAUUAAUCGUCAUUUCAAUAUAAAUCUAAAUAAUUGUGAUUAUUAUUUUUCCCAUAAUCACUCAGCCCUACAUGUCGUCAAGCUUCAUCCGUCCUCUGUUCCAAUUUUCUGAUGGUACCUCAGAAGAGGUACAUUUGCUGGGUAGACAUGCCGUUUAGGCGGCACGGCAUCCAACUGGUUAGCACAUCUGCCUCACAAAUCUGAGAACCCGGGUUCAAAUCCGGCCUCGCCUGUGUGACGUUUGUAUGUUCUCCCCGUGGCUGCGUGGGUUUUCUCUGGGUACUCCGAUUUCCUCCCACAUCCCCAAAACCUGCAUGGUAGGUUAAUUGAAGACUCUAAAUUGCCCAUAGGUGUGAAUGUGAGUGCGAAUGUAUGUUUAUAUUUGCACUGUGAUUGGCUGGCGACCAGUUCAAGGUGUACUCCGCCUCUCACCCAGAGUCAGCUGGGAUAGGCUCAAGCUCACCCGCAACCCUACUGAGGACAAGCGGUUCGGAAAAUGAAUGGACAUGCUGUUUAUACAGGCAACAAUUGGCAUUGACUUUUUGUCAAAAACCAUGUACCUAGAAGAUCGCACGGUCCGACUCCAGCUUUGGGACACUGCCGGACAGGAGCGCUUUCGUAGCCUAAUUCCCAGCUACAUCCGUGAUUCUACCAUUGCUGUGGUUGUGUAUGACAUCACCAAUCUCAACUCCUUCCAACAAACCUCAAAGUGGAUCGAUGACGUUCGAACGGAGAGAGGAAGUGACGUCAUUAUCAUGCUCGUUGGGAACAAAACAGACCUGGCAGAUAAAAGGCAAGUCUCUGUUGAGGCAGCAGAGAGGAAAGCUCGAGAGCUCAAUGUGAUGUACAUAGAGACCAGCGCCAAGGCUGGCUAUAACGUCAAACAGCUGUUCCGUCGUGUCGCUGCUGCGUUACCUGGUAUGGACAGUACAGCGGAGAAGAGCAAAGAAGACAUGAUCGACAUCAAACUGGAGAAGCAGCCAGAGAUGACUGUCACCGAGAGCAGCUGCUCGUGCUAGUACACGACACCUCAGCACCCCCUCACCCCAUCGAGCCUGUCUCAGCCACCACCCUAAGCCCCACCCACCACCAACAGCUUGUCUCUCAGUGGCAACUCGGGGAACAAACACCUCAGAGUUACCGCGUGGAUGUGCAUUACUGUAUCCCAACAAGAGAGUUCACGUUGACAUCAAAGGGAUGAGUCUGCGGAUUCGCAUUUUCAGUUAGAUCCAGUUGCAUGGCAUUACGAUAUAUAGAAGCGCAGACUGACUCGGUUAACCGCUCAUUGGGUUAUCGCACAAUCUCGGAGUCUUCGUGCUGUGACUCGUUUUGUCAUUGUUGUCAUGUGUAAAAAAAAAAAAAAAAAAAAAAAACAACAACAAAAACGCUUUUUCU